CAGCGUCGUCGUAAAAUGGCGGGAAAAUUUGGCGCCAUUAUCGACCGUGGAGCAUUUAUCUCUGGUCUUCCUCUAUUUAAAUCAGUUUCACUUGCUUCCAACUAUCCGCCAAUCCACAUAAAUUUCAGAUUGAAUUCUCUCUGCGGCUUCAUUCUCUCUCAAACCCUAACAAUGGCGCAGAACUGCAGCUCAGAAGUCAAUGAACCGUCGCCCAAGGUCCCUAAGCUCGCUCACGAGAACGGCGAAUCAGAGAAAAUCAGCAGUUUAUCAACGCUUCUCAGGGUGAAGAAGCUGUCUGAGAAAGCCGUGCUGCCAUCGCGAGCCUCCGCUCUCUCCGCUGGUUACGAUCUUUCCAGUGCGACAGAGACGAAAGUUCCUGCGAGAGGAAAAGUCCUGGUUCCGACUGAUUUGAGCAUCGCGAUACCAGAAGGAACUUACGCUCGGAUUGCGCCGCGUUCGGGCUUAGCUCUGAAGCAUGCGAUUGAUGUUGGUGCGGGCGUGAUAGAUGCUGAUUACAGAGGUCCCGUAGGAGUGAUUCUGUUCAACCACUCUGAUGUAGAUUUUGAAGUGAAAGCGGGCGACAGGAUUGCACAACUGAUUCUUGAGAAAAUAGUAACUCCGGAGGUGCUGGAGGUUGAGGAUUUGGAUUCGACUGCCAGAGGUGAAGGUGGCUUCGGCUCUACAGGAGUUUGAGAGAUCUCUAGCUUCUCGGGAAUGGAGAAUUUCCGGUUCGUUUCCCAUUUUUUGUCACACUUCGAUCAAACCUGCAUUUCUGUGGGGUCGAAGUGGCUUGGUUUUGUUGAAUAUAUGAUUAUCAGAUUAGGAAAAAGAACUUCGUUUUGUAUCUGAGAUUGCAAAUUUUAAACAAAUGACAAAACCAGAAACAAAAAUAAGCAACAGUCUGUUAAAAAUGGAGGAAAUGCCAUUUCUUAGUUGCUCAAGAAAUUUGAAUACCAUACUAAGAGCAUUGCAUUGAGCCAUUUUUAAUCA